AUGUAUUCGAUUCAUUCUAGUCGGAGCAGUAGCCAUAAACACUUGAGGAAGAUCGAGAAGAGGGACAAGGAUGCCAGGCCCAAGGACACGAACAGCAAGCAGGAAAGAGCCUUGCCGAGCUCCCAUUUUAGUUUUCUGUUCAUUGUCAACGAGCUUCAGAUCGCCGAGGAAAACGUGCCUCCUUCCGCUGACCUAUACGGUAACCCCCUGCCACCGAGAACUUCCAGGGGCUAUGGCCCGGAAAUUGUCGGCAGGGUAUGGCGAUACCGCGACGGCGUUGUCAGCCUCGCCGAGGGCUUUUUCUGGUACCGCCCAGAGCCUGGAUCCGCCGGUGUGAUAUGUACCGUGAAUAACUAUAUUGACGAACACGGGCAGCCGUUCCGAUUCCUGGAACAGACGUUAGAACACAGCACAUUCAGCGUCUUCAACUGCUGGCGCUUCCUGCCCUGUCUUCACAUCGACGUCGACGUAACUACCGUCGGCGGCAUGGGGGCCGACAACAAGCUGUCUCACCUGGAGUUCUAUCCAGACCCCACAGACGCUGGCCUAACUCGGAUUCGUGCCUCCGGUGGGUCUCAGAGACACGUCGUUGGAGGCAGGCCGUCCUGGAUACCGGCUCUCCUCCCCGAAACCUACGCAGCGCCAAGCUCCCACGCCCAACAAUCCACAGGCCUCGGCGGCUGCCUACCCAUCAUCAUCGGUCUUCUCGCCCUGACCAAGAAGCCGGGGCAUACGGACGACGUCUUCAGGAAUGGCGAGUGGAGCGGAAACCGUUUCAGGGGCGGUCGCUCCUCGCGCGCUGAGCCUGAGCCCACCGGGCCGGUGCGAGGAGUAUUGGUCCAGGUAUGCUGUGACAGCACAAACCCAGACUCUACAAUCGAUGCCAUCACGGACUUUGAGGACCGCGGCAAGGCGAUCAGGGAUGAGCGUCUCUGA